GAGUGGAAAUUAGAAAGAUCUGCUUCUAGGAAGGUCAAGACAGAUGAAGACAUGUUGUGGGAGAAAGUAAUGAAAACACUUGGGAAAGACCUUAAGCAGAUGAGAAAACAAAGUUUACAGAAGUUCACUAAGAUGCCCGAUUCAGGAAAGCCCACCUAUUCAAGAUUUAAAAGUUGCAUUGUGAAGAAACUGACGUGCAGUGUCCCUGUUGCUAGUAGCCCUAUCGUCACAAGAUGGCAGCAGACACACGCAAGAAAUCAUGCCGAGCAAACUUUCACAGAGUGUCAGCCUAUUAAUCUCUUUCCAGCUGAUGGAUCUGAGCUAGUAAGGACUCCUGAGAAGAUCUCAACAAUCCCAGUAUCCUUUCAGGUGCCUAUCAAAAAUUCUACCAACGAACCUUAUAUCAUUACUAAUGCCACAGCGAGGUGUCAUGAGACAACUUACUUACAAGGAAGAAAUAAAAGGAGAGCUGAAAUUGCAAAGAAGAGGAAAUGUCUUACUCAGCGGUUAAUGUUCCAAGAGGGUGGAUUCGACAUCCCAGAAAAUGACAGUAUAAAGAUCUGUGGAAACACUGAGUGUAUUUGGAAAGGCUGCCAGAAUGGAAUGCAUAAUGAAUUUACUGCUCACAGAGUUUCCACUAAUACCGAAUCUUUCAUACCAUUGGAGCCAGAGGUCAGGCUUCAUAUUAGUGGCUUACGCAAUGAUUACUAUCUAAACAUACUGGACUGGAACCAGGAAAAUCUCAUUGCCGUUGCUCUAGGAUCUGCUGCACACAUUUGGAAUGGGGAAACCCACCGAAGCACUGAAACAUUAUGGGACAUUGAAACCAAAAAGAGGUUGAGAAACAUGUUUGGUCACCUGUCUGUGGUGGGAGCCAUGAGCUGGAAUCAUUAUAUACUUAGCAGUGGUUCAAGACUCGGAUUAAUUCAUCAUCAUGAUGUUCGGAUUUCUCAGCACCAUGUAGGGACCCUUUGCCAUAACAAGCAGAGCAUUUGCAGCCUGAAAUGGUCCACAAACAACAAGUUGCUGGCAAGUGGGUCCAGUGAUGGUCUAUUGAAUAUCUGGCCUAAUGACCCCGGUGCGACAGUGCAUUGCAAGCCAUUGAAAGCCAUACCCCAUGCCUCAGCAGUAAAGGCUAUGAACUGGUGUCCAUGGCAGUCAGAAAUCCUUGCCACAGGAGGUGGAAUGAAGGAUGGAUUUUUACGUAUCUGGGACGUAAGCACUGGGAAAAUCAUUGAAACCACAGACACAAAAUCUCAGAUUUGCUCCCUGUUCUGGUUACCCAAAACCAAUGAAUUAAUGACUGGACAAGGUCUCCCUAAAAAUCAGAUGAAAAUAUGGAAGUAUCCCACACUUACAAAUUCAACUGAUCUCUAUGGUCAUAAAGGAAGAGUCUUGCACAUAGCACUGAGCCCAGAUCAUAGCAGGAUCUUUUCUCUUGCAGCUGAUGGAAUGGCUUGUGUGUGGAAAUACUGCUAA